GAAAGGACCUCUAGUUUAUCCAGCAACUUCAGUCAAUAUCCCACUUAAAUCAACCCAGGUAAUAGAGAAGAGGAAACCUAAUCCAUGACUGGGGAAUAAUAUGGAAGAAGAUGGAAAAGAACUUGUUUGAUGGGUUGGAAGAGUGGAGCCUUCUGUAAGACAUGGAUAGAUGCAAACAUGUAGGGCGGUUGCGGCUGGCCCAGGACCACUCCAUCCUGAACCCUCAGAAGUGGUGCUGCAGGGAGUGCGCCACCACAGAGUCCGUGUGGGCUUGUCUCAAGUGCUCGCACGUGGCCUGCGGUCGCUACAUUGAGGACCACGCCCUUAAGCACUUUGAAGAGACCGGACACCCGCUAGCCAUGGAGGUCCGGGAUCUCUAUGUGUUCUGUUACCUGUGCAAGGACUACGUGCUCAAUGAUAACCCCGAGGGGGACCUGAAGCUGCUGAGAAGCGCUCUCCUGGCGGUCAGGGGCCAGAAGCAGGACCUGCUGGGGAGGCGAGGUCGGACUCUGCGCUCCAUGGCCUCUGGCGAGGACACGUCCCCGCCGCCACGCACUCCUCAGGGACAGCCGCAGAUGCUCAGGGCUCUCUGGCACCGGCGCCAGCGCCUGCUGGCCAAGACGCUGCGGCUCUGGUUUGAGAAGAGCUCCCGCGGCCAGGCAAGAUUGGAGGAGCAGCGGCGGGAGGAGGCCCUGGAGCGCAAGAGGGAGGCAGCGAGGCAGCGGCGGCUGGAGGUCAAGCGGCAGCUGCUGGAGGAGCUGGCUAGCGCCCCUCCGCGCAAGAGCGCCCGCCUGCUGCUGCACGCACCCCGCGCCUCUGCCCAGCGCCCCGCCGCCCGCAGGCGCACACCCACCGGGGGCCGCCUCCCGCGCCGGACACCAGCCGUGGCUCCGGGCGUCACUGGCCUGCGCAACCUGGGCAACACGUGCUACAUGAACUCCAUCCUGCAGGUGCUCAGCCACCUCCAGAAGUUCCGAGAGUGUUUCUUGAACCUCGACCCUUCCGAAACGGAGCAGCUCUUGAACAGAGCCACCGGCAGGAAGGACCCACUCUUGGGCAGGCUGGCCAGCAGCUCAGCCACCGAGCUGUCGCCAAGGAGCCACAGGGCUGAGUCUUGCCAGCGGGAUGGUCUCUUCUGGAAUGGCGGCGCCUCCAUCACCAAGAGCCUAGAACUCAUCCAGAACAAGGAGCCCGGCUCAAAGCACAUCUCCCUCUGCCAUGAACUGCACACUCUUUUCCGAGUCAUGUGGUCCGGGAAGUGGGCCCUGGUGUCACCCUUCGCCAUGCUUCACUCCGUAUGGAGUCUGAUCCCUGCCUUCCGAGGCUAUGACCAGCAGGACGCUCAGGAGUUCCUCUGUGAGCUAUUGCACAAGGUGCAGCAGGAACUCGAGUCGGAGGGCACAGCGCGCCGGAUCCUCAUCCCCUUCUCCCAGAGGAAGCUCACCAAGCAGGUGCUAAAGGUGGUGAACACCAUAUUCCACGGGCAGCUACUCAGUCAGGUCACAUGUAUAUCAUGCAGUUACAAAUCCAACACCAUUGAGCCCUUUUGGGAUCUGUCCCUGGAAUUCCCUGAACGCUAUCACUGCAUAGAAAAGGGCUUUGUCCCUUUGAAUCAGUCAGAGUGCCUGCUCACCGAGAUGCUGGCCAAGUUCACAGAGACAGAGGCCCUGGAAGGGAGAGUCUACGCUUGUGACCAGUGUAACAGCAAACGACGAAAAUCCAACCCCAAACCCCUUGUUCUGAGUGAAGCUAGGAAGCAGUUAAUGAUCUACAGACUACCUCAGGUCCUCCGGCUGCACCUUAAAAGAUUCAGGUGGUCUGGCCGUAAUCAUCGAGAGAAGAUUGGGGUCCAUGUCGUCUUUGACCAGGUAUUAACCAUGGAACCUUACUGCUGCAGGGACAUGCUCUCCUCUCUUGACAAAGAGACCUUUGCCUAUGAUCUCUCCGCAGUGGUCAUGCAUCACGGGAAAGGGUUUGGCUCAGGACACUACACAGCCUAUUGCUACAACACAGAGGGAGGUUUUUGGGUGCACUGCAAUGACUCAAGGCUGAAUGUAUGCAAUGUCGAGGAAGUGUGCAAAACUCAAGCCUACAUCCUUUUUUACACUCAAAGGACAGUUCAGGGCAAUGCAAAACUCUCUGAAACCCAUCUCCAAGCUCAGGUGCAGCCCAGCAACCAUAAUGAGGGCAGGCCACGGACCUUCCCCUGAAUGGAGGCACAUCACAGACUGGCUUGCUCUUAAACUGUUGGUGUCCAUUCAUCUUUCCUGAUAGGAAAUGAGGUUUACUGCAGGAACAAGUUACUGGGUUUGCCUUACUGGGUCUAGAGCAGAGGUACCAGGUGACUCAUGCUAUCAUAAAAUAUGUAGUCACUUUGUUUUGAAUGGAUUUGGAAAGUCCCUCCUCUGAUAAAACAAAUCAAAAGUCAUAACUCGUAUGAAGUUUCAUCAGUUACUUCUGAAUAUAGAGGGAUCUGGGUAGAGCAAAGAGGGAGUAAGCUGAUCAUAUCCAGAUGGGAGAGCAGCCAUGUUUUUCCAUUAUGUGAUUCCCCUGCUAAUCAGGGCCUCCUUGCAGCACCAGAAGAAUCCUCCUGAUGUAAGCAGCUCAGGACAAAGCACAUGAGGGGGUGGGGGCCUGGGCUGGCAGCUUUCCUGAUGGGAUUAGUUCUGAGGCAGCAGGUGAAGUCUAAGGAGUUGUUCCUACAAAGGAAGUAAUCUUCAGGGGUUGAAAACUCGCAGACUUACUUAGGGGGGAGGAGAGGAUAGUUAAAGAGUGGAAUGAGAUGCAUGGAGCAAAUUUCCCCAUGCAAAAUGGAAGAUUUGUCAUGUGUCAUACCUUCCCUGGGGCUUCGGAGACCAGCGUGAACAUUCCUUCGUUCUAAAGGAAAGGUUCAUACAGGGAAGCAGUUAACUGACAUGUUCUUCGUAGCCUAAGGAUACUCAGUUCGGUAGCGAAUCCCUGGUUCUAGGGUUUAGUUUAAAUUGGUCUUUAUUGAGGUCAAUGGUCUGAGGCUUUCUCAGAACUCAGUUGAGGGUGGGUGGGAAUAGCCGGUGGCCCGGGGCUUAUCUGAAUGCCCGUCACCUGAUCUCACCUGGUGCAGCAUGAGCUUUUCUUAGCUCACAGCUUCUUGCUCCUGGAGGGUUUGGGGAGCUUUUGCUUUCCAAGGGCUUAGGGAAGCUGUCCCCAUAUGUCUGAACAGUUUACUGCUGGUGGCUCUGGCUUGUUACCUCCCAAAUCUGAUCAGCCACAGAGUCCACCAGAGAAAGCAAGAGUGCCCUGUCCUCUACUCCAGUGCUAGCAAAACAGACCUUUCUGCCCGGGGCCAGUCUCUAAGUGGAAUGAAGUAGCCCAGAGGGAGACCUUCCUCCUCCUCGGGCACCGCUGAACUUCCCUUCUUAAUCCUUCACUUAAGACUCAAGUGAACGCAAACUGCAACUCUUGUUCUGGGGUUGCUGUAGAUGCCUCAGCUUGCCAUGUGAAUGCUCAUCUUUUGACUGAGUAUGUCAUAUAAACUUUUCAGUUCAGGUAGAAGUACAGUUGUCACUUGAAGGGAGUAAGAUAUGGAGGGGAGUUCAGGAAGGGAUGGGGAGUUGAGAAAAGAGAGGGUAACAAACAAGGGUCGUAGCUUUAGUGCUAUUGACAAGCCACAUUCUGGAGCAGAUCUGGAGCACUUGAUUUUUCCCUCUUUGGAGAUUAACUCUCCCCUGGGACCUGCCAGACAGCACUGACACAUGGAGGACAUUCAGGAAGAAAAUGGCUCACCCUGAUAAGAAAGGGAGAGUUCCUAUAUUUUAAAUUACACUUGCUUUUUCCAACACUGUGAGGUUUCUGUAAUAUUUAGCUUUUAUUUGGAAGCAAUAGCGUAUGGCAUUUUUUAUGCUGUUUGGCUUAUAUUGUCUGCUAUAGGCUCCUUUGUAUGAGCUUGGCCUGGGCCCACGUCCUGGACACUGUUUUAAAGUGUCACAGCUGCGUAUGCUGCCAGAGGCUCUGAUGGGAAGCUAUCCUCUCCAGAUCCACAUUUUAAGUCGGAAUGACUGGUGAUGACUUUUUGUGGCAACAGAAAAGCCCAUUAACUAAAAACAAUCGGGAGAGAAAAAAAAAGGGGGGGAAAUGUAAAUUGUGCCUCAUCUCUCAUUGAAUGCUAUAUUUAUUAUUCUAGAAAAAGAUAACUUACAAAUGGAGAAGCAUAGAGCAUCUACUUCAUCCCUCAGGCUGUCCAGGGGGAAAUAUUUGAGGGGGGAAAAAAAUGAACAUUUAAUGGAAAAUUAAAAAGAUUUUCAAAUUUAACUUUUAGAAAUAGUUUUAUACCAAAUAUUAUAAGGCAUAUUAAGUAGAUUAAAACUGUAAAAAGGGCUUACGUUAGUUGAACACCCCUUUAUCAAAUUAACAAAAUUGUUCAAAAUGAGUUGGAAUAGACACCAUAUCAGAAUCCUCACUAGGCUGCACACUCGUGGAGGUGCCCCUGCAGUCACACACUCCUCAGGUACCCAGAGGCAGCAACACUAGAUGCUGUUGAUCAGUUAGUAUUUAUGAAGGUUUUUAUUAAAGAAAAGUUCCCUGCUGCAGAAAUCAACGGUUGUUGUGAGGGAAUUGUCCCUUUGCUUUUAAUUUAAUUGCAUAUUGGAAGUAGAUGAAUUUCUUAGUUGCAUCUUACUUUACAUUGAAACAUUCUAAAAGAAAAUAAGAACCAGGUAGAAGUUGACUAGAUGCUGCCAAAUCAAACCCAACAUUUCUUAACUGAGCCGUCCGGACCUGCUUCUCUCCCAGAUAAGUAGUUAGCAUCCUGCUCCAAGAGCCCUUAGCAGUUGGCUGGUGUGUUUACUUCCGUUGUAGCCAGCCAAGAUGAAUGCACCCUGCCCUCAGAAAGGGUUUUUACCUCAGUUUAGCUUGACCUUCAUACUUGUGGUUGCCUCGGAGAUGAGCAUUCAUACUAGCG